UCUCGUUCAGCAGAGAGCGAGCGGGAGUAAGAACUACGGUAGCACGGAUCUCGGACUCUAACUCGUCCGGCCUGUCAUCGCUCCCCCUUUCCGGGGAAUUUAUUUCUGUCCCUCCUCCCCCUUUGCUCUCCUCGUGCUCCUCCUCCUCUCCUUUCCCUUCUGUGAUUAUUACAGAAUGACAAUUGACUUUCGUAGACAUUCCUCGGCCUUCUUUCCCUCGCCCUCCCUCUCCCUUCGUUGGUUGUGUGUUGAGUGUAGUUUGACUGGGUGGUAGUACUCCCCAAGAUUCCGUAUAAUCCACUGCGGAGUGUCUGUGUCUGUUAGGUUCGAGAGAAGGAGGAGGGAGGGAGCUUUGGAACGAUCGGUCGGGUGGAUUCGUUUUGUUGAAAUGUGCGAGAGCGUCGAGGUGAGACCAGAAGGGAGUCUAGUGUAUUGUGGCGAAGAAGGAGAUGGCUCCAUCGCAAGGUGUUCUUUCCGAGGCUGUGGCCGAAGUGGGGAGUGCCCAGAGGGCUGCUGGAAUUGCCUCAGUUUCUUCAUCGUCUCCUCUCUCGUCUGCUGAAUUGAAUUCCUCGACGAGGUGGUACAAACUCCGUUUGCACGCUUCGAGGGCUGGAGCGCUAUGGAUAGCAGGAUUUGUGGAAGCUUGCCGAAUCGAUCGGGCAGUUUUACUGUGCAGAAGAUCUAAGGAGGUUCUCAAAAAAACUGGCCAAAUUUUUGUUUUGAACGGCUGCAUUUUCCUUGGCAGCAUAUGGCUUCUGCAACGGUGUUUGCUCCCGCUACUACUUUGGCUGUUAAGGUCUCCAUCCCUUAGGCAAGAUGGAGAUUCAGCUGUAGGACGUUCUCAAGGUGGCGGUUUGCUUCAUUCAAUAAUUAUUGUGCUUUGCUAUGGUUUAUGGUUGUUCCCUAUAUAUGUAAUCACUUUUGUGGUGAAUUGCGUAUGGUACAAUGAUAUUGCUCGGCAUGCAUACAGAGCUAUGGACAGAGGUGGGGUUCAGAACCAGAAGGUUUCUCAAGUACAAAUGAAGAACGACAGCAGUGGCUUUAGAAGUAUCAUGCUAACAAUUGGCGAACAGAUCUACUCAAUUUUCAUGCUUGGCGUUUUCUUUGUAGAGAUCUUUGCUGUCAGCUACAUCCCAUACAUCGGGCAAUUGUUCAGUUUUGUUAUGCUAUCUUGGCUUUAUGCGUACUAUUGCUUCGACUACAAGUGGGGCUUUGCAAAAUGGAACCUUGAGAGACGCCUGCUCUUUUUUGAAACAAAUUGGGCCUUCUUUGCGGGAUUUGGCAGUCCUUGUGUGCUUGCUACUUUUUUCUUGUCUCCGCUUGUCAGUGCUGGAGUUAUGAACGUUCUCUUUCCUCUGUUUGUAUUGGUAGCUACUGCACUUAAUCAAGAGGAAGUGGUGAAGAAAUGUACAUUCAUCUCCCCGUCUCUUCCGAACCCAACCAGGCUGCCCAUCUUUCAAAUUCCAAACACUUUCCUGGGACCGGUGCUGAAGGUUUUGCAGCCAAGGUCCAGAAACACUCCCUCUUCUAUUGACAGGAGGAAGAAAGCGUAUUGAUCCGUUGCAAUGUGUGAUUUCUUCUAGAAUAUUAGAGAUAGUCUAGGUCUUCCUUGUAAAUAAGAUCGUGUUGUAGAUGUCAAUGUACUAAAGAGUUAAGUGGUGAGGAUGUUUUUGUUGAUAUUGUGGCCUCAGGAAUUGAAGAUAAUUCCGUAGCGCAUUUGCUGACGGCUCUUCUGUUUCUUCUGUUCAAGAAUCGGUUUUAUCGUGUUCUUGCUGUUUCAUGGUGGACCAAUGGAAGUUAAGUAUUGAUCAGUUAAUCAAUCAAGUGGGGAAGUGCAAAGAUCCCAACCCUUCCACCCUCGUUUGGUUCAAAAGUAGUUGAGCCCUGUAUAAUACCUUCAAAUAGCCAAGAAUUUUCACGAAACCUCGAACCAUCAAAGAUAUGAGGUCCAGCAUGCAUCAACAAGGUUCUCUGGAAACUCCUAAAUCUGUCAAGUUCGGUCGAUCACAGUCGUAUAUGGAUUUUGGUUGUUUAAGAUCAAACGUGCACAAUUCGAGAACCACGACGAGCCGCAUGAUACAACCGAGUCACGUUUGGAUCAUGUCUUCAUUCUUUGAAUGACAGGUUGAAUGGUGAAGGUUAUUGAAGUAAAACGCGGAAGUUAAUGUGAUAACUUCGAAGUGUUUAAGGCAUCUAAGGUUUAAGAAAACUUUACCCUCUCUUGCAGUGAUACGUGGACAACACAGCAUGACCAAGAAAGUUGCAUUCAGGAUCCGGGGACUAAGACGCCUCCAAAGACUGAAGAGUGACUCUAGAUAUAAGCUUUUGUAAGAUGUUCGUAGUAGUUUAUGCUAAACUAGAUCGAGAGAAAGCAGAAACCAAUCGAAAUUAUCAGACCUAUUAUAGUCCACCUGUACAACAUGUGCAUUGCAGAAUUUGGAAAAAAGUGUAAUUAUAUUCAUUCCGG